UGUGUCCCCAGCGAGCAGCUGAUGCAGCUCUACAGUGCCCGCCAGCGCCGGCGUCUGAACCGCGGCUUGCGGCGCAAGCAGCACUCGCUCCUCAAGCGCCUCCGCAAGGCCAAGAAGGACGCGCCCCCCAUGGAGAAGCCCGAGGUGGUCAAGACCCACCUGCGCGACAUGAUCAUCCUUCCCGAAAUGGUGGGCAGCAUGGUGGGCGUGUACAACGGGAAGACCUUCAACCAGGUGGAAAUCAAG